UAUUUUGAAAUAAAGACGUGUUUGCAGUUUAAUCAUUGGAUCACUAGACAUGACGCCUUCCAAUAAAUAGACCAACUUCACAUUAAUCACCGAAAUUGUGUGACAAGUCAUAAAAUUGUACAGGUUCUUCCACUCCUUCACUGCUAACCUAAAUUAAAAUAAUGGCAGCAUCUCAGAAAUGUCUUGGAAAAGGAAGCCCUGCUCCUGGCCUUGUGCCAAAGGACCAUAUACGGCUCUACAGCAUGAGAUUCUGCCCUUUUGCCCAACGGACAAGACUGGUGCUCAAUGCCAAGGGAAUUAAACAUGACAUCGUCAACAUCAAUUUGAAGAAUAAGCCUGAUUGGUUUCUGGAGAAGAAUCCUCUUGGUUUAGUGCCAACGCUGGAGACCCCGAGUGGUCAGGUGAUCUACGAGUCACCAAUCACCUGCGAGUACCUGGAUGAGGCCUACCCUGAGAAGAAACUGCUCCCAUCUGACCCUUUUGAGAGGGCCCAACAGAAAAUGCUGCUGGAGCAUUUCUCAAAGGUGAUUCCCUACUUCUAUAAGAUCCCGGUCAGCAAGGCAAAAGGAGAAGAUGUGUCUGCACUUGAAGCAGAACUUAAAGAGAAACUCGCCCAGUUUAAUGAGAUCCUUGUCAACAAAAAGACCAAGUUUUUUGGAGGUGAUUCAAUAACAAUGAUUGACUACAUGAUGUGGCCAUGGUUUGAGAGGAUGGAGAUGAUUGAUCUGAAGCACUGCUUGGACGACACUCCUCGGCUGAAUAAGUGGACUGAACACAUGUUGGAGGAUCCCACUGUACAAGCCACAAUGUUCAGCACAGACACCUACAAGGUGUUCUACAAAUCCUACAUGGAAGGAAAUCCCGAUUAUGAUUAUGGUUUAUAGAAUAAAUCAUUGUUCUCUGGUAAAACA